AUGCCUGCAGACUUCAGCGGGAGUUGGAUUCUGGAGACCAGUGACAAGUUUGAGGAGUAUUUAAAAGUUCUGAAUAUUGACUUUGCCACUAGGAAAAUCGCCAUCUCCCUGUCUCAGACCAAAGUGGUCACUCAAGAGGGAGACAAGUUUGACUUCAAAACACUGAGCGCCCUGAGGAACUAUGAGCUCUCCUUCACCGUCGGGGUCGAGUUUGACGAGUACACAAAAGGACUGGACAACAGAAAUGUCAAGAGUUUUGUGAGCUGGGAGGGGGACACGCUGGUGUGCACUCAGAAAGGAGAGAAGGCAAACCGAGGCUGGAAACACUGGAUCCAGGAAGACAAACUCUAUUUGGAGCUGAAGUGUGAGAAUGUAGUUUGUCGUCAGGUGUUUAAGAAGAAAGAGUAAUCCAAG